AUGGAUAGAAACACGCCACACGAGAGAAACAAGAUCGACCUCCUAACGCCAGAGCAGCAGCCCAUGGAGGAGGUUCCCGUACGCCUAUCUUUCCGGCUCCAUAAUGUGUGGUUCUGGAAUGCGAGCUCCGUAUGGCUCCGUGGCUGUUCAUGUCAUCCGCUCCUUUCUCAAAGAGUAGACCCAAUCCUCAGCGCGAAGUUGCACAAGCUUUUCUGCUCGGUGCAUCAACCGGGAUGGCGAAUCUGGUAG